UCAAAAAUUUUUCAUUCAUUUCUAAAUUUUCAGCCCUUUUAGCUGUAUCUAAAUUUCAAGUGAACUUAUUUUCUUUAAAAAGUUAAAAAAAAUUUAAAAAACACGUCUCAAAAUGUGCGACCCUUGCUGCUCUCCCUGCGGACCGUGUCCAUCGCCUUGCGGCCCAUGUGGGCCGUGCGGGCCCUGUAGCCCCUGCGAUCCAUGCUGUGCACCGUUUGAGCCUAGAGCGUGUCGUAGUCGCGAAUUGCGUUGUGGAAUUAUGUACACUACCUGCGACUGUAUCAAAAGAAAUGGCUUGCAAGACCGAUGUCCGCGAUCGCUUUGCCAGGGGCGUGCUGCAUGUAUGUGCUUCCCCGUUCCGAAUUGCUGUCCAGCCUCGUUUCCACUGCGCUAUGCCAAUAUGACAAUGGGUGUGAAUAAUAGACGAAUGCGUUGCAAGGAAACCGCCGCAUUAUGUGCGCGAGCCUGUGGUGGUUGUGCACCGUGUGGCCCAUCAUGUGGACCCUGUGGUCCUUGUGGUCCCUGUGGGCCGUCAUGUUCUCCGUGUUGUGAUACUGCUUGUUGUGGUGCAUCGAAUCCACCAUGUGGUGCACCAGCUCCGAUACCAUGUCCACCGGCACCAGGCUGUUGUCCACCAAUUGUGGAAGCUGGUGUCCCAAAUCCGUGUGUGUGGAAUUGUAAUAAUACGCCUCCAACAUAUCCAUGUGGUUUUUAAAUAUUAUUCUAAGGAAGGAAGCUAAGGCAGAUUACUUUUACGACUGAUAAAGGAUAAUGACAACAAUACAUUAUUGUCGUUGUGUAACGAAUCCAAUACUCGCGCGAAGGCAUCGAAAUGGUAACGAUUUGGACGCUGCAGUCCCAUUAUAAAUGUAUAUAUAUCAAAAUUCCACAAAUACGAGAGAUUCCAAUGGGAACACGUUAACUAAAAAUGCGUACGCAAAGAGAAAAGUACGAUGUAAAACGAAGAAAAGACCGAAAGAGAGCAAGAAAAAAAGGAAGUGAGGAGUUUCAUUAAAUUCAGUGCGAGACAUCCUUUUCACGUUUAAGUACUUUGACAAACUUUCGAAAAUUUUUGUUUUUCUUUUUUUAAUAAAAGCUUGGUAGUGGCUAUUUUUAUUAAAACUCUA